AUGCUAAAUUUCCUCUAUUUGCUUCUACCUUACCGCCGCUCUUGCACGCAUUCAGAAUACAUACAACACUCUUAUACCCAAUUGGAGACCACAGCUGCUUCUGCUAUUCAGUUUUACGGACAAACUUUGGCUUCAUCUUUGUUUGCUUCUUCCAUGCCGCCUGCCUCUCUACCCAUUUUUUCUGUCAAUUACUACCUUCAUCAGACUGCCGACGCCGACGAGCACUGGAGAUAUUCUUCAGAACCUCGCCGUCUCCUUUGUUCUCUUCCUGGGGUUAGGCUUCGGCAUUCGGGCCUUGCCGGCAUCCGCCUGUACCAGGCUUCCUCCUUUAUUGCUUCCGUUGUGAACUGCCAAUUCCAGGACCUUGGUGAUGUAAAAAAGUCAGAGAAUUUGGAAGAAGCUGAAGCUGAUGAACUGAAGGCAGCUUUUGAGAGAUGGAAGUCCAAAACAUAUGCUUUGUCAGUUCCUUUAAGAGUUGUUGCUUUACGCAACUCACUCCCUUCUAUAUGGUUCCAGGAGUUCAUACAAUCCCAAGGAAAGAGAGUGAAGUUACAGCCAGAGUUUCGUCAAAACCUUACGGACAUCUUUUCUGAACUUUGCCAGUCAAAUAACAAAGGAGCUGUUAGCCCAAAAUCUGCAAUGGCAGCUGAUGUUGUUACGCUGGGUGAUUCUUGGCUCAGUUUUGCCAUAAAAGAGGGUUUGAUUCAGCCCAUCCAAGGGGUGGAAGAACAAGAUUGGUUUCGAGAUUUGACUGAGGACUGGAAGGGAUAUUUGCGCAGGAGUACUGAUGGAAAUUUGGAUCCUCAAGGCAAAAUAUGGGCCGUUCCGUACAGAUGGGGAAGCCUGGUUAUAGCUUAUAAGAAAAGCAAAUUUCUAAAGCAUAAAUUGGCUCCCGUAGUGGAUUGGGCUGAUUUAUGGCGGCCUGAGCUAGCUGGGAAGAUUUCAAUGGUUGAUUCACCACGAGAGAUUGUUGGUGCAGUGUUAAAGUACAUGGGGGCUUCAUAUAAUACACACAACAUCACUUCUCAGGUUGCUGGUGGAAAAUCUGCUUUGAAAGAGAAGCUUGCAUUGUUUGCUAAACAGGUUCGACUUUUUGACAGCCAGUACUAUCUUAAAGCUUUCGGAGUUGGUGAUGUUUGGGUGGCUGUUGGGUGGAGUAGUGAUAUUCUUCCUGCUGCUAAAAGGAUGUCAAAUGUUGCAGUUGUUGUUCCAAAGUCUGGUGCUAGUUUAUGGGCAGACUUUUGGGCGAUACCUGCCACUUCCAGAGUUAAAACAGGUAAUGUUGGAGGACGAGUUAGAGGACCAUCUCCUUUGGUGUCUCAAUGGAUUGAAUUCUGUUUGCAAUCUGCAAGGGCAUUAUCAUUUAAAGAAGAGGCUAUCCCAGGCGCAUUGCCUAUUGUCUUUCAAGAUCCUGUUCAAGGGUCUGGAAACCUUCAUAAAGGGCAGCCAAAGCUCGAAACAAACCUCAUUGCUUGCAUGCCUCCACCUGAUAUUUUGGCAAGGUGUGAAUUCUUGGAGCCGUUACCAGAAGACACAAUGGCUGAUUAUCAGUGGCUAAUUGCCAAUAUGAAGAAACCUAAGCAAUCUGUGAUGCAAAUAUUGCAGCAUUACAUCCUUUUGAUAGUUCGAUCUUUGCUGGCUAUUGUGCAGUCUAAGGGUGGUAAAACAAGCUGAUGCUUAUUACAGUAUAUUUGGUUUUGCAUCAUAUUUUCAAGCAGUGUAAAUUGAUUUCUGCAAAAUGUUACAACACAUUCUUGUAGAGAGAAUAUUAAAUCUGAAUCACUUAUCUCUAGUUAUAAUCUUGAAUUUGGACAAUUCAUGCAAA